AUGAUCGACAAGCUGGUGCAAUACGUCUUGGAGGAGAUCGCCAUGGACGGCGAUGAAGGUCAGUGCAUGGCUCCCUCCUCCCCGACGACGCUGACCGGCCACACUACACCACACCACACCACACCACACCACACCACACCACACCACACCACACCACACCACACCACACCAGCCCAGCUCAGCCCAGCCCAGGUGGGGCGGGGGGGGGGGUCCCAACGGCCGUGGAGUGGACCCCGGCUUGGACGAGGGGCUUCUUGGGUGCGCUGGCUGGCCGGGGCGGGGAGGCGUUUAGACGUCAUGAUCGAUCGGGCUGUCCCCAUAAUGCUGCGAGACUGUCCCCGUGGAUUGAACGAGCAGUCCCGUCGCGGGCGUGGUCCUUGUCCGGCGCCCCUUAGAACUGGACUCUCUCGGUGUGGAUCUCUCGCUCUCACUGGCUUGCCGUCGUCGGUGAAACCCAGCUUCGUCACUCUGCCCGUCGCCCCAUCUUCUCCCGAUUCUAUCAUCUCCGUUGGUACUGUUCGCUGAUCUGUCUCUUGGUUCGACAGGGACCGACAUGACCCGACUCACGUCCUUUAUCCGAGAAGCUUCGGCCACGACCAUCUCAUUCGACCCCUCCUCACAAGCCUCAACCUCGCAGGUCAGGCAGGUCAUCGACGACCCCUUCGUGUCGUAUGUCUGGUCUAUCCUCACCGCACAAGAAGACGUCCACGUCGGCGUGCUCGAAAGGAUGAACGAAGUGGCCGAAGAGCAAGCCGCUUCGACGAGCAGCAGCCCGGAAAAGAAGGGCAAGGCCAAGAUCAAAGGUGGAACGCCGACGCAUACCAUGCGCUACCUCGACGAUACUACCCCUUCGAGGGACGAGCUCAUGGAGCGCCAUGGCUCGGAACUGCGCAUCGUCGUCGGCGCCGAUACGGCGUGGCUCGCCAUCACGGGCUCCUCGACCCGACCGACCGCGUUGACACCACCCGUCUACGCGCUCCUGCAAUACGUUUCUCGGGGGCGCGGUGAUGGCGCAACGGUCGUGACCAUCGGCAAGCACAUCGGCUAUGACCAGAAGAGCACGUUCCACUUUGUUCGCGUCGCGGUCCAACUCGGCGUCGUCAAAAAGUUCCGCACCACCGAUCACGGCAGUUGGACGAACCGCGUCGUGCAUGUGCGCUACCUCGACCGAUCCAAGGAAUGGAAGAUCCACAAUCUCAACGAAUCGGCCGAGGACGAGGAGGAGAUCAAGGCCGGCAAGGGACCUGACGCGGAGCACGACGACGACGACGAGAACGCACUCCUCGAGGCGGCCGGCGCGGCAAGGAGAAUGAGUGCGAUCAGUCACCGCCACAUCAAUACCAACUCGGAGAUGGUACUCAAAAGGAUUGUGCGAGCACUCAAAAAGCGCGAGGGCCACUUCAUGCCCCAUUCGCAGAUUGCACCCACGAUCGUCAGUGGAUCCUAGGCUGUUACCACUGUGAUGUCCUGAAUACUGACGAAGCUUGCCGGAUGCGCCUUCACAUCAUCGACCAGGGUCUGUACCACUAUACCCGCAAAGAUUUACGACGACUGAACAGCCUCAUCACGAUGAUGGCCAAGGACGGCGUCAUCGAGAAGCUCGUGGUCACGGAUUUUUCGGGUCGAUCGGGUGCGCAGACUCCAUGCGUGCGUCUCGUCGACGUCGAUGCCUACACCGACGGCGAAAAGCCUGGACGCAUGUUCGAAUUCGACGAAGAGCAACGACCCGAGGACGAUGACUCGCCCCAUGCCUACACUUUCGUUCCGCUGGACCGACAGAUGCUCGACCUUCUUGCCGAAGCCGGCGCCGAAGGUGCAACCUGCGCCGAGUUAUCGGUGGCGCUGGGCGGCAUCAACAUGAGGACGAUUGAUCAGACGUUGACGAGGCUGAUGAGGGAGUCGUUGGUGCCUGCGCAAACGAAGGACUACUGCGUCAAGAUGAUGACCGAAACCUUUGGAAGGGAGAAGCGUUCGAGGUUCUUUACGGCUGCUGGAUACGUUGCCCGGUGCCGUCAAGACGGAGCCGAGGUGCGGGAGGGGGACAAUGCGCUCGACCCGGACGUGGUCGGAACGUGGCAACCCAUCGAACAAUGCUACGACACCCUCGAGAGCAAGAGAAAGUGGACCAGUGAGCUCGAUCUCCGUUCCGGGACCACAGUCAAACGAGGCAAAGGCGGAUUCCACGCCAUGGAAGCGAGGGAAACGUUGUGGACUCGAACCGGUAUUGCAAAGAGGGUCCAGGCACCCCGACGUGCCCCGAUCAAGUUACCGAAACCGGUCAAGGCUUCCAAGGUGGCCAAAGCGUCUAGAGGUGAAGGUUAGUCGAGUUUAGUCGAGUUUCAUCCACAACUUGAACGAGAGUACACCCCCGUUUCUUACCUUUACUGUGCUCAUACAUUCACCUCAGCUGCCACAGAUGACAAUGCUGAGGGCGGAACGCAGUCAGCGAGUGACAACGGAUCGUCGCCGGCACUCAAAGGUCCUCGUGGCCGCCCUCGCAAACGACCCCUAGAGGAGGGCGUUCUCACGUACUACGAUAGGCGCAAGCUCGAAGACGCUGAGCGACAACGACUCGGGAUGCUGCCUCGCCAGAAAGGCUGGACGCGGGACCAAAUCAAGGCAGAUCGAGUCGAGUUUGCAGCGCGACAGGAGGCCGACAGGAUCCAGAGGGGCCUUCCUACGCCCUCGCCAGAUCCCGUAGUCGAGAAGAGAUUGAAAGGGACCGGAAAGGGCGCGGCAUCCAAAACAUCGGCCAAGGACAUGGCGAACGAAGCGACGCCCGUCUCGGGCGGACCACCGGCUGAGGAUGAUCAGUCCCCCGAUCAUUCCUCGUCCGACGGAGCCGAGGAGGCUGCAACUAUGCUUGGCCUUCGAUCCCCUGCGAAAAAGCCCCGUAGUACCGGUGAGACUCUGGCCUGUACGCACCAAACUUCAGCCGAGCAUGAGCCCACCCUUGAAACAGUGGCCGCGGGCGACACGGUCAGGCGACGCGGCCUGCCUCGUUCUCGUCCAGUGGACGAACCCGCGACGUCUCCCGUGUCGGUCGAGCGUUGCAUUGAUACCGUUGUAUCUUUUGUUGUGUCAAGCCUAGUGGAGGAGCCUGUAGUGUCACCCGUGGUCAAGCGUGGUCGAGGCCGUCCGCGAAAAGAUGCUAACAAGGCCGGUGAAGUGCAAGCUACUGCUCCGCGCAACGAGCCGGACGACCCCCAAUGGCCGCAGCAAUCACAAUCCGCCUCCGCAACUGAUGCCCCACUCCUGGAGCAGCCAACUUCGUAAGUCUUCAUGGCACUGUAAGUACAAAUACGCGCGGCUCGAACUGAUUGGGUCCCAAUUGACACAGAGCCCCGAGAAGGACGACGAGGGCGUCGGCAGCUUCAUCAUCGCUGGCGGAACCUAUUACCCCUUCGCGCCUCGUUGUUCAUAAGCGCACACGCUCCGGGAGAGACGACCUCGACUUGGAAUCGACGCAUGAUGCGACCCCCGUGCUCUCGAAUGCACCCAUCGGCCGUUCUGACGCUCCAGCGGAGGAUGAAGGUGCACAGUCAGCAAACGCGCACGAAGGUCCCGCAAAGAAGCGGCGCGUCGACUUUGCCAUCAAAGAACCGUCUCCGCCCUCGAGCGCAUGCCAGGAGUCGUCGCAGCGAAUCGAGCGCCGCGUUUCUCAGGUGGUCGCGCGAUCAAGUAUCGACGCUGCCCGGCCGUCGGGCACUCCGACUGUCUCACCCGGCCACUCGACUCCGACUGCGACGGCCCGCUCCUCCCAGCAACAAGGACGCUCUUCCCUCCUCGUCACCUCCAAGCGUCGCACCGAGAUCCUGUCGUACAUCGAACACGUCGGAGGCAUUACUGAACCAUUCUUCAGGCUCAAUCAGGCGAUCAAGGACUUUGUCGAGUCUCGAUCAGGCGAUGAUCGCACCGGGAUGAUGGAUCGCAAACAUCUCGCCAGGCUUCUUGGCUCUUUGGUCGACCGGGGCUCGCUUCGGCGCCUUGUUGCGCAGUCGGGGGGUGUGGCGUCUCGGGUUGAGGUUUAUUACCUGCCAUCAAUUGACGUAGAUGGACCGCAAAUGCGCGAGUUUCUGGCAAACCUCUCGACCCGAACCGGCUCGAACCGUGGCAAGUUGGUGAUGCGUUCGGCCACCGAGACUGCUCUUAUCAACAGUCAACUGCCCCACGACGAUGCUUCCUGGCAGGCCGACAAGAGGGAUGUGCCCGCCGCCGGCUCUGAGCGAGAGGUCGUCCGCGACUUCUUCAGACAAGCACCAAGCGUUUUGGGCGCUCGCUUCGGGGUUUACUAUGGCCGUUACGCCCGUGCCCGGCAUUUACACUCGUGGCUGUGGAGAUACCUCAGUGAGCUCUCCGAAGUCGAGCAGACGUCAUCCGGUCUAGUGCUCGCCAUGGAGCCCGAUCCUAUCGUCGCGCACGAGCUGUUCGAGACCGAGAUGCCUCUGGGCGACUAUCUUCGAGUCGUGCAACUCCCCGUGGAAUCGGAAGAGCUUGACGAUUUUGUCCGAGAUGCGCUCAGCUUGACCACGCGAUUGAAGGACUUACCCCCUUCCAUCCUCGCCGUUCUCGAGCCUCGAUCAGCGAAGCGGCGGACCAGUCUGUGGGCGACAUUGCAUGAGCUGAUGGAUCUGGAGCUGAUUGCACCCCUGGCUCCAGCCGAGGAGAUUUCGGACGAGGUCUCGCUUCUCGCCUCGCUCCGAACGCCUGCUCGCAUUAAGUUUGCCACCCACUGGACCAUCCUUCGACUCGUUCCCUUGUACAAGUUUGCAACCUCCACCAAGCCGCUCGUCGACACCUGCACCUUUACGACGGGCGAUGACGCGCGUUCUUACUGGUCCCGGCUGCGGAGACUGGCAUUCCCUUCGUCGAAGCCCUCGCCUGCCGCGAUCGUAGACGCGACCCUGGCGAAAGGGUUUGCGCUGACGAACCCUGCGUCAAAGCGCAUGGCGCAGUACAUCAGCUCCACGACCAAAUGGUACGACCAGUACAUGUUGCUGCCCGACCAGCGACGCUUCCUCGCACGCCUGCAUCGCUACGACCACGAUCUGAUUAACGACAGCGUGCGGAUCGCGCAAGUCGCCGACGAUCUGCUCGCCCCCGUUCCGGUGGUGGAAGCGUUCUGGCGCAAGCUUGACCACCGAGGGCGGGUAGCGGGUGAGCCCCCCAUGGGCAAGCGUCAUCGACGGCAGAGUAGCGCUCGUGGGCGCGGGCGCGGGCGCGGUCGUGGCCGAGGAGUGCAACGCACUCAGCGCAGCAUCAAGAGAAGGCGCGUUAGGGCGGAGGGUGGAUCGCAAAGGUCUCUCAGCGACAAUGAAGACUUGGAUGAAGCGGCGGAAGCGGCGGAAGCGUACGGCGCGCGGCAAGCUCUCUUGAACAAAGCGAACGAUGCAGAGGCCCAGCGUGCGCGCGACUUCGACGCACUGCUUCAACGCUUCAAGUCGACUCACAGCAAUGUCGAGCUCGAUCCGGAAGUUGUCGCCUACGUCAGGAACCGGUUCUGCGCCGCAGGCCGUCAUGCUAUCGACCUUCGACAAGUCGAGCUCGAGCUUCGUGCCUUGUUGCCGCCGAUCGACGUAGACCACCUCGAUCCAUCUCGCUACAAGUCAAUAGUGCCGCAUGCGGUGUUCUCCGCCAGUCGGUCCAGUCAGGAUCCGUAUGCCAUACCUCGAUCCUUCAAGUCAAUGCGUCGCAAACCGAAGGCGAGCGCACAGGCGAUGGACGCCGUCGGCAACGUCAACACAGAAAACGCUGGUGCGCUUGCGCCAUCGCCAAACCCGUCGACGUCGGCGGCGCACAAUCCACAAAAUGAAUUCCUGAAUGCCCCAGCUCGCGAGGUUCCCUCGAUCGCGUCUGGACAUCGACUGCCGCGCAACUUCAUGCGUGAAGAUCAGAUCGACCUGCUUUUCGACUGCGUAGCCAUACUCAAAGCACGUGCCGCGCACCUCCGGCGCAAGGUGAUCUUCACGCCUCUUGCAAAGGUGUUCCUGGCCCCUGCUUACGGCAAGCUCCGCCAAGUUUAUGGGCGUCGCAUCGAGACCUCUCCUGCCGAUGCGGCUUACUUCGACCGGCUGCAGGCAUCCUGGUCGCAGAUUUGGAUGGAGCACGGUGGGAAUCUCCCCGACCCUAAUCCCACUGAUCCGGCCGAUUUUGAUCUCGUCGCAUUCGUCAGGUUCUUGCGGAAACAUGUCGACAAACGGGCUCUGUGUGUUCUUCAUGCCUCGCUCGGCAGGCUGCCGUAAUCGCUUUGCUUGUUGCUGACGAAGACAUCUCCGUACUUUCAUGGCUCGCAGUCGCUUGGGAGCUCCAGUCGUCAAGCCGAUCGCCGUCGUCGAGUUGCCCGAAACCUUGGAAGAGCUCGACGCAUCAUUCGAGAUCGAUAGGAGCAAUAUCUCGACCUCGGCGGCGAUGCGCUGGGUCGAGUUUUGGUCCCGGUCUCAGGCAGCGAAUCUGAUUCGAGAACGAGCAGCGGCCAACGUCUCGUUCGCGAUUACAUGCAAGUCGAAUGAUCCUCCAGGAGCGGCAGGACCGGAUCUUCAUCGCUUCAAUCUGGCCCAAGGUGUCUUGAAGGUAAGAUGGGCUCUGUCCUGUUCGUACUGAUGCGCAGUGCUGAUGCGCAAAAUCGAGAAAUGUCGCUGCCCUACAGAUGGUUCUUGCUACGUCGCGGUCCGUCUACUCCGAGGAAACGGCAAAAGAACUCUUGGCCCCCUUCGAGCUUUUCAUUGAUCAAGCCGUCGCCGAUCUGCUCCACGGCCAAGUCAUCACCCGUCGCAACAAGGACUCCAGUCGUCGGGGGCCAGGACGCAACUUCAUCUUCUCCGAACGCUUUCUCGCCGCCCUCGGUGAUUCGCCUGCCCCUCACCGCCUACGCGACGCACAGAACAUGGAGCACGAACUCGUGCAAGAGGAGGCGAGCAUCCUCCCCCUCGACGUCUCGGACGGAGCGAUGCUUGCGCUGGUCCGGAUUGUGGCCCUCGACCUAGCCACCCUCGAGAUCGACACAUCUCCAACGCAAGAGCUACGUGAUCCCGAUGACUACCAGACACGCACCAAGGAUGACGAAGCGAUCGAGUGUCAGGUCAAUGUGACCGUCAGACCUGGCAUGACCUUUGCGCGGCCCACUGCUGCCAACGACUUGACCCCACUUUCCCGCCCCCACUCUGGCUAUACCGACGACGCGACCAAGCUAGCGAAGGCCCGCGAAUUACUGAACGGGGCCUUGCACGCUGACGAGCAAGCUGCGCUCGAGCUGCAUGGCGAACUCGUCAAUGCUGGUCGUGAUGGUCUUAGCGCGACUGCGGCCAUGGACUUCCUUUCGAUCUUUCCGGACUUGGCGAGCUUUGAACGCGCCGCCAGCUUGCUGGUUUCUACUAUCCCACCCUUGGCUUUUUGGGCCGGUCUCCGGGUACCUACGCUGAUCGCCUCGCAAGAGCUUUCGCGCUGGUGCGUUCGACUUCCCAACCAAGUUACCAACGAGCCCAGCGAUCCCGAGAACACCGAGACGCUGGCGCCUUUCGUCUUCCCGGCAGUUUGGAUCGACAUUCGCGGCGAGACCGUACUGGGUAUGUGGGUACGAAUCGCAUCAUGGGUUCGAGGAUUGAUAUCGCGGCACGCUGGAGCUACUAUCGUCAGUUUGUUCGGUCUUGCGCCGGUGACCGUUCGGGAGCGGCAUUCACUGACAUUGGCCGAAUUUGUCACAACCGUAGAGUUACCUCGCCGCAGAAUGCGAGUCCAUAAAACUGCUCACAUUCCUCGAAUUGAUGACUGCGAUUGAGACGCUCGAGCUAGAAGGGUAUGUACAGCGCAAGCCUUUCGAAACCGGUUUCGACGCUGCUUCGGAGAUGGGACCAGUCGGCGCGGCUUUGCAGCCCGGAUGGACUGAGGCGCGGUGGUACUUGGCGGACAAGUGGUUCUGA